UUGCACUCUAAUUUUGAUGACGAUGCGUGGCGGCGCGGCGGAGCGUGUUCGUCCUUCUAGACUCUUCUUCUGCUGAACACAAUGUUACUUCUGCCAUUUCGGGGGAGGUAGUGGUAAAAAGCAGUUACUUACUCUGGAAGACUGCAAACGCGAGUCUUCUUUGCGUACCGGACGUCCCCCAGACGUCAGCCUCACGCGAGGAGAAGAGGCGUGUGUGUCCGGGCCGCUUCGGUUGAACCAGAGCUGUUGCUAGGGGCGAGGAAACGGAAUGAAGAUAGAGAAAAGCAAGCCUAGGAGGGGAGUCGUUGAGUUGCCCCUCCACACAAAGCAGCUGGUCGGGAAGCUGCAGAGUUGCUCCGACGACGAGCUGACAUCAACGCUAGAAACCAUCACCGUCUGGAAGUAUGGCAAGUGUGAGCUGUACCACUGGGUUGACGUGUUAGACCGGUUUGACAAGAUUCUGAGCGAGGCGUGCCGGGACGGGGAGGCCUCUCUGGCGAACUCUGACCCCACGCAGUGCGUCUUCAUGUGUCCGAGACUACAGGAUGAUCAGUUCAAGCGGAAGGUUGUGGCUGUGUUAUAUUUCACUGCUCUCCUUGUAGAGCACUCAUACACUCGCAACAUCUACAACUCCACUGAGCAUUUGUGUACUCUGUUGGCCUCUUCUGACAUGGACGUAGUGCUGGCUGUCCUCAACCUUCUCUAUGUUUUCAGCAAACGGUCGAAUUUUAUCUCUCGAUUGCCGCAGAAGCAUCGCUUUCACCUCAAUUCUUGUCUGGAAUUCCUUGGAGAGACGUGGGGAGGGAAACAGAACGGAUUCGGUCUGGCCCAGUGCUGUAGUAAGACCCACACUCUACCAGCAGCCAGCAUGACUGUGUUCUUUGAAUACCAACCUGAAAUACAGACCACCGCCUCAAAGAGUGAUCUUGAUGUUGGACAGUCGACUGUCAUACUUGAGAAUGUUGAUCAGAGUCCACUGAGUAUCGAGGCCAUGAUGAGUGGAAUUACACGAGAGCAUAGAAUACCACAGAUGCAGCAGAUGCAGCUACUAACACGGAUAAGACUGGCCAGGAACUUCACUAACUACCAACAGAGGUUGAAAUGUGUCAUGGCUCGCCUUCAUGCCAUCUCAAUAUUAGUGUACUCCAUAGCACCCGUGGAUGUAGUGGAUCCUCUCAUAUACGACGGUCUGGUGGAAGAACUGGUGGAGGUGCUUGAAAUCAGGGAAUCAAGCCUCAUGGAGAUUAGAGCUGCCGUUCUCAGAACUCUUACAGCUAUCAUCCAUCUCGAGAGAGAUCCAAGGUUGGGAGCCAUCAUAGAAGCCACUGGAGCCUCCACUUACCACGGCUUUCUCCCGUCACUGGUCCGAGACUGCGUCGCCUCGUUCACCCUCGCCAAAGGAGGCGUGGCCACGGCCGAUAAGGGGGUUGGGGAAUUCCCCCUGUCCUUCGCAACGGCUCUCUUCUCCUUUCUCUACCACCUGGCAACCUACGAAGCCAGUGGUGAUGCACUGGUGGGAAGUGGUGUUAUGGAAAGUCUCAUCCAAGUUCUGGAGUGGAAAGCAUUCGAACCUUCAAACAUUACUCUGGUGACCAGGGCAGUGAGAGUCAUUGAUCUCAUCACAAACCUGGAUAUGUCCGCCUUCCACAGUCUCGGAGGAUGGGACAAGAUGCUGGAGCGACUCGAAAUGGAGGUUGCGCAAUGUCGAGGGGAGAUUCCUUUUCUUCUUCCAUCCAUCGUUCUACCUUCUUCUUCCUCUUCGUCUGCUGCUGAGGGAGGCAGCGCUGAAACAAGCAACAUUCCUUUGGCUACGGAGAGAGAGACUGGGAACAAUAGUAACUCUGCCGAUGCUGGGUCGUCGGAAACGCCAGCUGUUACCGUGGAAACGGAGACACCGGUGGUUGCUAUGGAUACGACCGAAGCCACCGGUGGUGCGUCGGUUGCCGCCGGGAACAGAGACUUCACCCCCCAGUUGUUGACGCGGGCGGCGGGCAAGGCGUUCAGUUCGGGGGUGCUGUGCACGUGUAUGCCGGAGAGAGCGGCUCUCAUAAAGUCUAUUCUUAACUUCUUGAAGAAGGCCAUUCCCGAACCAACAUUCUCAGAGAACAUGAGGACGUUUGUGGACUCCUCACUGCCACACUCUCUCAAGCACAUCGUCAGUAAUGCUGAGUACUAUGGUCCUUCCAUCUACCUUCCUGCUACCGAGGUUGCCACGGUGUUUAUCUUCCACGAGCCAUCUCAGCUGACUCCUCUCCAAGACAACGGACUCCCGGGCGUCAUGCUCAAUUCCAUCAUCAACAAACAGAUCCCGGUGACUAGAGAGGUGCUGUCCUCGCUACCCAACACGCUGAGUGCCCUGUGCCUCAACGCCAGAGGAUUGCAGCUGUUUAUCGAGGCCGAUCCGUUUGACCAUCUCUUCGGGGUCCUCAUCAACCCAGAGUACCUCCCCGCCAUGAGGAAGAAGAAGGGAGUGGACCAUUCAGCUGGGGAUACGGCUAACAACCUCGGUAUUGCGAUGGACGAGUUGAUGAGGCACCAGCCGACGCUGCGAAGCAACGUGAUAAAGGCUCUCAUCACCCUACUCAACAAGCUGUGUGCCAUGGGUCAAAACACGGCCUCACCCUCGGCGGCCGAAACCUCGUCGAAAUCUCCCUCCCAGCUCAGCUCUCCGACCGUCGUCGUCCCAUCGUCGGGUGCCGACGAGACGGACAGCGAGAACGAGAGAGACGAAGACGAGCAGGGGGACGGUGACACGACAAAGGAGGAAGAGGAGGAAGAAGAUGAGGAGGAGGGGAAUGGAGGAGAGACAACGGCCAAAUCAAAAAAUGAGAAGCCGACUAGUCCACCGUUGACUGAGUACAUGAUCAAUGUUGUCCAUUUCGUGGACUCCAUCCUCAGUAACAACUCCACAGACGACCACAUCAGGGAGUUUGUGUCCCAGGGUGGGCUCACCCCGCUCCUCAGACUCCUCUCCCUCCCCUCCCUCCCUCUGGACUUCCCCACCUCCACCGCCUGUGCCACCAUCACCGCUGCCUGCAAGAGCAUUCUGAACAUUGGACACUCGGCAGAGCUGGUCCGGGAAGCCGUCACCCAGCUAAACGACCUCCUCGCUUCUCUCUCUCCGUUCCUCGAGUCUCCGGAGAAAGCAGGAGCCUCCGUUCUUCUCGAGGAAGUCGGAGAGAUGCCAGCUAACCUCCAGGUGUCCAUGUCGUUUCCCCUGCUGCAGAGACUGGUGGCAGUGAAUGCCUUCAUCAGGAUGUUCAUUCAUCUCUGCAAGUCCAGUCAUAUCGGCUAUAAUAUUGACUCACGGAUGUUAUGUGUGAACGAGUGGUCGAAACCGGUCGGCCAGCAGGUACUCAACCACCUGGCCCGCCUCUACCGAGCCUUGGUCUGGGAGGGUUUCAUUCUCCUCGCCGUGGCCGCUAAAGACGAACGGACAGACAAGACAGGCGAAAAGAAGGCCCCAGAGCCGACGUCUGAAAACAUGGAUGAAUCUGGGUCUGGAACGGGGACUAGCAGUGGGUCUCAGACCCAUACUACAGAGGUAUCGAUGGACACUUCGAGUACAGCGACAGUGUCGGGUCAGGAAGGGGUUGGUAUGGAAACAUCGGAAUCAGACACGAAGACCUCCGAAGACAGAUCGGGGACGCCGGAACCAAUCAGCAAACUGGGCCGGAAUCCGGCGGAGAUAAAACCAAACGUUCUCAUACAGUCGCUCAAGCAGCUGCCACCGCUGUUCACGAUUACGUCUCACGUGGGCCGCUCCCUCGCGGAGCUACUCAGCUUCCUGGUGAAAGUGAGCACGAGCCCCCUCCACCGGCCGCAUCGCAGGGGCGGCGGGUUCGUGUUCUCCCACUACCAGCCCCCCUCGGAAGAGGCCAUCAACGUGUGCUCGGAGGUGACCGAUCUGCUCCUGGACAGCCUCAAGUGGGAGGUGCCCAUGCCGGAGAUGUGUCAUUCGGCCAUGCAGAGCCCCAUUCGCGACUGGCUCUUUGGAGGAAUGACGUUCAAGAUGUACGCAGUGGACUUUUGUGAACUCCUGCUGUUUGACGAACACAAGCAGGCCUACCACUUGGUUCUCCACUGCUUUGAGAAGAAGAAGGUUCUGGAUGCCUACAUCAGCACAUUUCACGUUGCUCUCAAGAUUCUCGACGACCUCUUUGACGUGGAGAACAAGGGACCCGUCCACGGAAGCUGCAUAGACUUCAUGGAGUCAUGGCUUCGUCUCGCCGAGAAACUAGUGGACGCCACGUCCAUCCUCGAGUCCACCCACCCUCUCUCGGUCCCUCCUCCAUCGCAGGCAAACGGGAAGAAGCUACUCUUCAACCCUCUCUUCAACCCACUGGCAUUUGUGAUCGAGACACAGAAGGCCAUUCAUCCGUGCCUCAGGGAACUUUUCCACUCGCGUGUGUUCCACCGGCUUCACCACAAGGUGGUCGAUCUUCUUCUGUCCACCAUUCGUCACAUCUACAACAGCGAGAAGGUGAUUGAGGCAAAGUUGUAUGAGUACCGCGCACUCCAAGCUCCGCCCGCCCCACCAGCUCCGCCAAGCCAGCCGGCAACGGCUCCGCCCAACUCCUCGUCGACCGGAGCUUCCUCAGACACUGCGGCUGCCACUGCCUCUUCCUCCGCCUCCUCCACCUCCGGUGGGGCCACGCCGCAGGGGAACCAGGUUUCUCAGCCACCCCCCGCAGCCCCCCCACCACAGCCCCCGCGAGUGAACCCCCAUCAUCUCCAGCAGCUGUUUGACAUGGGGUUCUCGCAGGAGCAAGGAGAGGAAGCCCUACUGGCCUGCGGAGACAACCUCACCGCUGCCAUGGACUGGCUUCUCUCUCGACCAACCCCCUCUGGACCUGCAACUGGGUCGGAAGUGAGUGAGGAAGACCAGAUAAUGCAGGCCAUAGCUCUCUCGCUCGGGGAGAACGCCUCUGCCGAGAAGAAGAAGGAGGAGGAGAAGGCGGCGAGAGAGAGGGAGGAGGAGGAGAGGAAGAGGAAGGAAGAAGAAGAGCAGAAGAGGAAGGAGGAGGAGGAGAAGAGAAGGCUGACACCGCUGAGUAGAGCCGAGUUGGAUGAAUUCAGCGACUGCCUCCUGCCUUCCAGUAUAGUAGCCAUCUCCAACUCACCCAAGAGCGUGUACCGCAUCGCUGACAUUAUCACGGCUCUCAUGAGGCGCAACAACCACCCCUGGCGGAUGUCCUCCAUUGCCAAGGUCCGCCAUCAGGUCCGUGCGGCCGCCGUCUCUCUGGCGAAAGAGAUCGUUGAGGGAAGAACGAUCGACAAGGUUUACCUGUCAGUUAUUGCCGUGACUGCUAACUUGACUCACCUCCUGAUUCUCCUGAUGGAGGAGCUACCGUUCUCCUGUGCUGAGGUUGUAUGUGAGCCGGAACUGUUGGGUGCAGUGAUAAAGAUGCUGGAACUAACGCGUGACUUCGUCUGCGCCAGCCCAGAAAACCCAAACCCUCAGUGGACCGCUCCCUUUUUGCUGCUGCUAGAUACCUGGGAAAAAGUUGCAAUGAUGUACAACAAUCGCCAGAAACCAAGAGAGAAUUUCCAAGUGGUGUGGCAAAGCAUGGAGAAUACACACGGACGAUGGACCUCCUUCACUAGCGAUGUGGCUCUAAGAAUAGAGACAGCAUACAGGAACAGCGAGCCCAUUGUUCGCUUCUUCUCUGGUCGCCACAGAUACAUCAUUCACUUUGCUUCCAUGGUUCAAAUAAACGCGGAGACCAAUGCCCAGAGGCCUGUUCUGAGAAUAGAAAUUCCACGAAAACUCACGCCUGAAGAGGAGGCAGCUGCCAAACUAAACCCCAAAGUGAUGCCUGAGCCACUGGAGUUGACUGUAAUGGACGUAGAGCAGGCAACGAGAGUCAUAAAGUGCUGUACGCAGCUGUUAGUCUGUCCGAACCAGCCUCCAGACGCUCUCCAUGCCAACCUUCGACUGUGCCUCCGUCUCACACGGCGACCGGAACUCGCUGCGGCUUUCAUCAAGGACGGAGGGCCGCAAGCCCUUCUCUCUCUCACCCAGCGCUCCUCUUUUCAGGGCUUCUCCUCCCUUGCAAUGCUCAUCUUCAGACACUGUCUUGAGGAGGGGCCACUUCUCAAACAGGCAACGGAAGAAAUCCUGAAACAGGUGCUAAACCCGGCCAACGUGACAAAGGACGGCCGUACGACGCUGGUGAGUCGCGAGCUCCACUACGUCAUGAGAAAACUUGGACCGGCUGGCUGUCGCGACCUAGACCUUUUCAAGGAGAUGGCGUUGAUGUACGUUCGUUUGAGCUCAGCUCCUACGAAACCCGAGAGCUACACGACCACUCUAAGGACGCCGUCCUGCAACGUUAAACUGGCCCCCGGUAUGCCGAAACCGGAGCUAGUGGUGCUGAACACUGUACAGGAGAGCUUGAUAAACUUGCUGAUCGAUCACCUUUGCGCCGAGUCGUUAUUCGAGGAUUCGAUGCAACCGGACAAAGGGGAAGGGGGAGGAGGGAUGGGGGAUGGUGGGGGUAAGACGGAGGAAGAGUCGGAGACGAGGCUGAGGUAUGGUACGGUGAGAGAGAUGGUCUCGGCUGCUCAGAGACAGAGGAUGAGGCACGGGUCGUAUCGCAGGCAGGUUCACGGGAACGUAGAUCUGGACGACGAUGUAGCCUCCGUGGAGAUGAACAACGACGCUGAGCCUGUGGAGGUUGUUUCUCGUCAGAUCAGUUCCACAAACCAGUCUGUCCAGCAGCCGUCUUUGGUGACAGACAAGAAGCCGCUGCUGUCAAAGUCGGCCAUUUUGCGUCUGCUCGCCGAGCUGGUGGACUCGUACCCGUCGUGUGCAAAGCAGAUAGCAGAGAGCUGCAGAACCGUGAGAGUCAGUGGUCAACCUUCUAAGGAAAUGACAGUACUGGCCUUCAUUUUCGACCAUCUUCUCCUGGGAAACCUAAGCCAAAACAGCGGGACACCUCCGAUCUCAAAGGUCGCACGCUCCUUUCUCCAGUGCCUGGCCACCAUCCAGUACCCACAAGACGCCAUCUUGAUCCUCGUGAACGAAUUCAAACUGGCUUUUCAGCGCGCGCUGUCCCUUGCGGAGUCGCAGCUCAAACACAUGCGCAUACGCACGCUAGCCUCACUCCUCAGCCAGAUUCUUGACGCGCCAAACAACGGUGCUCCACGAAUGACAGUGAAUCCCACAAACUUCUCUCGGCUGCUAAUCCGCCGAGGGUUCAUCUCCGAUCUCGCCCGAGCCACCCACUCGCUCAGUCUCAACAGCUCCCACUUGGUAGGGACCGUGAACAACAUCUUGAAGCCGCUGGAGGUGCUCACGAGGAUUGUGAACCAGGUUGCAUUGAGCCAGCACCGUACCGGUACGGUUGGCGGUGGCAUUCCCCCCUCUAACAGACCGACCACUACUUCCGCCACUCAGACAACUUCUAACAGGAGCAACUUUAGAUCCAUUCUCGUUGGGACAGGGACGCACCCGGCAACGCCACCAACAACAAGUACAUCCCAAGUUCCUCCCACUGGUACCCAGGCAACACCACAGAUACGGGAAGACCAACCUAGCAACCCUGAACUUGGUACACCUGGUGUCAUUUCCACACCUCGACACCCAGCCCAGGCCUCAGCAUCCACACCAGUAGCAGCAGGUGGAGCUCGGCAACUAGAGACGGACACCAGCUUCCUGGAGGCAACCCACGAGAGCCUUAUUCCAUUGGAAGAGGAGGAAGACGACGAGAGAGAGAGGGAGCAGAGACGUGAGAUCAUCACCUUGGCACAGGAGCUCGGCCGGCAGCACAGGGAGGAGCUUACGGUCGCUGCGUCUGGAGAUAUGGACAUUCAGGAGAUAGUGGACAACCUUCUAGAACAAGAACCAGGCAAUGCUGGGGUUCAUCCUGACGCUAUUAUCAGUGAUGUAAUGGUCGAGGGAGAAGGGGAAGUCCCUGCCCUACACGACAGUCACGACACGUCGGCCAGCGAUGGAGACAUCAGCGGGGUGGAGUCAGAUGCCUCGGAGGAAGACGAGGAGGAUUUGGAAGUCGACGAUAAUUUCAACUCAGCCGGGGAAGAGGUUGAGGAGGAAGAAUUUGAUGAGACUCGUGAAGACCUCCGUGCGGUGGGUGAGGCCCUCGGAGAAGAUCAUGAAAUGGUGGCCUCCGAUUUCUCUGAUGCUGAGAGCACGCAGGACGAGGAAGAAAUGGAGGGAGAGGAGGAAGAGGAGGAGGAAGAAGAGGAUGAAGAGGAUGAGGAAGAGGAGGAGAGUGAUAGAACGGAAGCUGAAGAAGAAGAGGAGGAAGAGGCUAGCUUGGAUGGAGAGAGGGACAGAAGUGGAGGGGUUAAUGUUGAUGACGAAGUGGCAGAAAUUACAGCUGGCAAUGAUGCAACAGGAGAGGGGGAAGAGGUGGAAGAGGAGGAGGAGGAGGAGGAAGAAGAAGAGGAAGAGGAGGAAGAAGAUGAGGAGGAUGAGCUUGAUUUAGAGUAUGAUUAUGAACUUGCUGAUGAGGGAGAUGUUUACACUAUUCGUGGCUCUGGGCACCAAAGAAUGGUCCACCCAUUUGUUGACUUGGACAUGCCGAGUGGUUUCCCUUCCAUCUUCUCCCGGGCCUACCACACUCACCUCUCCCAGCACUCCUCCGAUUUCGACCCUCUCACCUCCUCCUUCUCGACUUCUCCGACCCCUCCCUCCUCUCUUCUGCCCCAGUUCCAUCCCUUAUUGGUACGGCCUGCGGACCACCCCCAGCAACAGGUGAUAGCACGGAGCAAUAGUGGAAACACGACAGGAAACUCGGGCGGCGGGCCGAAUUCUGCUGGUCUCAGUUUCGACAACAUCACUCCGUCUGCCGAGGCCGCGGUGCAGGCAAUGCAGCAGGUGUUGACCAACAUCAGCUCGGAGGCUGGUGGAAGUAGCAGUGGCACUGGACGAGGAAAUGGCUCAGCUUCAACGUCAGAGAGGGCAAGAGACGCUGCUGGAGCUCAACCUCAGGAACAAGAUAACGCAUUUGAGUCGUCGACUAUACCGACAACCCUCCAGAGAUGGGAGGAAGAGUCAGCAGCUCUCGACGGCCCAGCUGCCCACCUUGUCAUCGCCCUGUUCAAGGAGCGGUUGAUCGAGCACCUCACACCGAUAUACGAGCAGGAGAACAAGCCAAAGGAGGCGACGGCUCCGAAGACGCAGGGUGCAUCGGGGAGCGCAGCGGGGGAAUCGGGACAAAACCAGCUCUCGGUUCCUAACACUUCGGACCAAGCCACACCUUCAAGCCCGCGAGGAGACAGGUCCGUGGACCAGCUGAGGUCCAGUCUGAGGCAAGUCGCAGAUGCUCUGGCUCAGACUGUCGCCGCGGUGAGGAACACUCGGGAGCAGCUGCAAGAUCCCGCAACUGUCGGCGAAUCGUCUCAGGGAGUAAACAACAUGGAAGAUGAAGAAGAAGGGGAGGGAGAAGAAGGAGGUGACAUUGAGUUUGCAGACGAGCCUGAUCCAAGCCUCUACAUGUCUUACCUCCCUCACCACCUCAUCGCUGACCCGAUGAUUCCCUUGCCUCCACUGCCACUUCCCGGAGAUAACCAUGUCCCUUCUUCCUCUUUCCUCGACCCCACUGUUCCCUCCGAAGGUUCACUUCGGUCGACCAGAGCAAACGUCUCAGAUACCACCACAUCCAGUACCGCACCGCACACAAUUUCCUCAGCUUUUACUUCGGUCACCCAGGCGUCUGGCGGGUCGUCAUGCGCCACUGUCUCAUCAUCUCAGCUUCCCACAAUGACAACAGUUUCCCUAGCAGGGCAGUCAGCAGCAUCGUCGUCACCGGCAGUAGGUACAGCUAGCACUACUAGUGCUGUUUCUAGCUUUGACGGCUCUCAGGAGUCGGCGAGGGCAACACUGGAACAGACUGACCCUCAAGAUCCUCUGUACACCUUUCUCUCUGCCUUUGUUGGAGCUCCACCGCCUCCUCUUUCGAGCUCUGUUGAAACUCCCUCAACCACAGCAUCAGGUGCUGCAUCGAGCACAACACAGCCACAGUUAACCCCUUUCCAGCCGCUCGCGUUGUCGUCUACCUCACCCUCGCAGCCUUCACAACCAACACACAACAUACCUUAUUCCGGGAGCUCUCUGAGACUACCCGUUUUUACUCAAAUGCAAUCACCACACACAUCGGAACAACACACCCAACAACAAAAUCUCCCCGGAGGAGAUGGGAAUGCUUCCAUCACUGUUCCGUCUACUGUAGCUUCCACCACAUCUAAUGCAGGCUCUGCCACCUCCUCACUCUCUCCUUCGCAACAGCAGCGCCCACCAUCAUCAUCUGCUGCGUCUGCUUCACUCUCACCGUCAGCUUCCCGAAUCAACAAUAUCGCUUCCAUUGCAGAGAGCAUCGCAUCACAAGUCACUUCGUUUUUUCAGUCAAACUCGCUCGACCUUCCCCAGUCUUCUCGAGAUCUCACCGACACUGUUAGCCUAGCCAACUCGCUGGCACAGGAGAUUUCCAUGACUGCUUCCCAAUUGAUGCCCACCUCCAGUAGCGAAGGUUCGUCCCAAUUAACACCCACCGGUGCAGUAACCACGGCUUCUAAUUCGCUCGCCAUCUCGCAAACCUCACCACCAACUUCUGUUGCGGGGCAAUCGUCGCCCAGUCCUUCUGACACGCUUGCCCCCCUUAUCUCCUCGCUGCAGAUGCCGACGCAACAAGAGGUGCUCAGAAGAGUGGAGGAGAACAGAACAACCGGAACUAACACCAGCACGAGGGGCAAUGAAGUAGAACCACCCACAUCUCACACGGGGGAAAAUAUUGUAGCCACUGAGAGCGCUUCCAUGAUGAGCGGAACACUAUGGCAAGAAGUUGGCGAACUGCUGCCCCAAGAGAGUAGUGGGGAAGGUGGAACGAUGCUAGAACCUUCCGAGCCACAGAAUGUAUCUGCAGAGAGUCCCGGUAGAACUUUAGGCGGAGCAGGUGUUGUAGGUACUAGUGGGGAUUCAACAUCCCAGGAGAAUGCCAUGGAGGAAGAAGAGAGUGCUACUGUUGGUGCUGCUGUUUCUGGUGCAACUGGCACUUCUAGUACUUCCACUGAAGCUGCAGCGGCCAAUGUCCCUCCAGCCCUGCAGCAACUUCCCGACUCAAUUGACCACGAUGUACUUGCAGCACUUCCAGAGAACAUUCAACAGGAGAUCCUUGCUCAACAUGCACGUGAGCAGCGUGCCAGGCAGGCACGACGGGAAGGAUUAGCCACAGCAAUCAGCCCGGAGUUUCUCUCGGCGCUACCUCCCAACAUACAAGAAGAGCUUCUGCAGCAGGAGAGAGCUGAGCAAACUAGACAGCAGCAGCAACAACAGCAACAACAACAACAACAGCAACAACAACAACAGGCCCAAUCUCAACAGCCCAGCAGUGCUCCCUCUGGUACUGGCAGAGCCACGGCCAUUGGUGCUUCCACGGACAACACCUCUUUCUUCCACACCCUUGCCCCCGAGCUCCGUCGAACCAUUCUCGCGGAUGUGGACGACUCGAUCAUUUCUCACCUUCCAGAAGACAUUGCUUCGGAGGCACGUGCCCUGAGACAGGAGAGAGAAACACGAAGAAGACAGAUUCUGGAGCAGAGGCACGCCGUCCUCGAGCGAUUGUUCGAGCAGGCCAGCACUGACCAGGGUGCAGCAGGUGGGGGUUACAUGCACCCGCCAUCUUGGGAUCCUUCCAGCUAUCGCUACGCCAUACUAAACCUGAAUCCGCACCAGGUUUUGGAGGGAGGGCACCAUCAUCAUCAUCAUCAUCAUCACCACUUGGGCAGGUUAGGUGGGCUCUACCAAAACCUCACGUCAAACUCAGGAGGGUUGCAGGCGGGUCGUGGCGAGCAGAGCAGCAAGCAGAUGCUUGACCAAGAGGCACUCACCUGUCUCCUUGUUCUGCUCUUCUUUGACCAGAACAAGCUUCACAAUAACCGGCUCCAUCGCAUCGUGAAGAACCUGUCCCAGCACGCUUCCACACGGGCGUGGAUUGUAGCCAGUCUCCUUGAGAUUCUGCACAAGGCUAGUCCCAGCAUUCGCCCUUCUUCCGGUGUUAGUCACACGUGCCCCUUACCCCCUCCCUUGACUCAAACGUCUGGAAGAGGUGAGCAAGCUGGUGCGGUGGUGGUUCAGGGUGGGACACCGUUUCACAACUUCUCCCCUCCCCACUGGCUUAACCUCACCAUAAGUGCUGCUCUGGGCACCCAUACCCACGUCUUCCACUUUCAUCCGAGUGGAAAAGUCAGUUCAAACCCCCAUAUCCACAUUCACUCUUUGGCCAGUUCUCACGUCUGCAACAACGUUCUCGAUCUGCUGGUUUUCCUUGCCAGGCAGUUCCCAUCUAGUUUUCUUCCGUCUGAACUCAUGCCAAACGACAAAAUUGCUGGAGGAAACGGUGCCUUGUUGGUUGGUAGCACAGGUAGUGGCGGCUCAAAGCAGCAAUCCAACAGGGUAGUCAGCAACUUCUGGCAAAUCCUGCUUCGUCUUGAUGGAGCAGCCAGCCGCAAGGGGAAAGGCUCGCUGAAGGGUUUCCAGUUUCUGGAGUCUGUCUCCAGUUGCUCUGCGAAGGAAAUCUUCUCUCACUCGACCAUAGGUCAACUGAUGACGCUUCUCCAAGACAGCGUUGUGCGCGAGAGCAUCUCUCUCACUGACAAGCUCCUCCGCGUUUUGAGCCUCGCGUCUGGACCUAUCCCCAAAACUGGGCUCUGUCGAAGAGCAACUGAGCCUUCCCCCGGGCCCUCAAACUCUGGAUCCGGCCACGGAACAGAUUCCACAAGGCCCAGUAAUUCCGUCCUUGUGGUCCCCGAGCAGCAGAGAGGUAGAACUGCGAUCCAGUCGGCAUCGAGCGAUGAUGUUUUCGUGACGGAGGAAGAGGUGGUCGAGCCGUCUCUGCUCCAGAUCGUGAUCAGCGUCCUCACCUCCGGUCUGUGCAGCGAAGACGGGCUCGACGACGCAACGAUGCUUCUCACAAACCUCUCCAAGUGCAGUGUGAACACGCGGGAGAACAUUCUCAUCAUGCUUCUGGACGGAAUACGCACCAUCGGCCUCACGCUAUGCAGCCAGAUAGCUGUGGUCAUCGAUGACCUCAACGCAAACUGGGACCUCCUGAUAUCAAGCCAAAAGGGGUCGAAUUUCUCAGACGAACCCCGAAGUACGGGGGCCCUCCUGGAACGUCCCACUCUCUCCUCAAACAGUGCGCUGCCGUCCACCUCUCGGAGAGUGUCUUCUGCCGCCCAGUCUGGAAACGCGAUCCCCGGGGUAGUGUUACCGACUGCGACUCCAGAGCAACCCGGCGUUGUCGACCACUCCAAGGACUUGCACCUGCCCUCCAUGAUCCCGCUCACCUGCAAGGGAUCGCAGCAGUCUUUCUUCCUCCGUAUGCUGAAGGUGGUGUGUCAACUGAGGGAGUCGGCCUUGUCGGCACUGCAGGGUGCUGCUCAGAAGACAGCUGAGUCCUCCUCGAAUGGGUCCCGGCCUGCUACUGCCACUGCAGGUGCCAGUCUGUCAGUGGUGACUGAGGAGAGGGGGACACAAGAGAGCAGUGGAGGAGAAGGGAACACCUCAACUGCCGGGGGGUCGACCCGCGAACAAGGAGCAAUGGACGUCGUUGAUCAGACGACAGAGAAACCCGAUGAAGUCCACUCUAAGGACACCCUCGCGAGUCACUCGUCCUUCAUUCUCGAGCCUCUGAGUCGGCAAUUGCAGCUGGAUAACCUGUGGCAGGCUCUGAGCGAAUGCCUCGAUAUGUUGGCGCAGACCAGCGACCCUCAUGCUGUGCUCGUCCUCCAGUCUACCGUGGAAGCUUUCUUUCUCGUCCACGCAAACAACCCGGACGAGACGAAGCCGGCGAAUAAGUUGCGCACUGCUGGGUCACGGAGCCGAUCCUCGGGACAACUGUCUCUGUUCCGUGCCGGGAGUGAGAGUGGGGACCCCACUAGCCCCGCCCCCCGCAUGGACUUCAGUCCGGUUCCGAGCACCCCUGGACUUGCGAAGGGGGAGGAUUCCUACUCUCACCUCCCACCGGACACUGCUAGGUUCCUCAUGUUUGCAGAGAAGCACAGGACGGUCCUGAACCAGAUCCUUCGCCAGAGCACUGUCCCCGUCUCCGAAGGUCCGUUUUCCAUCCUCGUCAACUACACGAAGAUCCUCGACUUUGACAUCAAACGGCGCUACUUCCGACACGAGCUGGAGCUCCUGGACGACGGAGGGCUCCGACGGGAAGACAUAGUCGUUCAUCUUCGCCGCGAGCACGUGUUCGAGGACGCCUUCCGAGAGCUCUACCGACGAUCCCCAGAAGACUUCAAAGGGAACCUCUACAUUCAGUUCGAGGGAGAAGAAGGGCAAGACGCGGGGGGGCUCCUGCGAGAGUUUUACAUCAUUAUCGCUCGGGACAUGUUCAACCCGAACUACGCUUUAUUCACCACGUCGCCGGGCGACAGAGUCACCUACCGGCCCAACCCCAGCUCCCAUGUCAACCCCAACCACUUGAACUACUUCCGUUUCAUCGGCCGUAUGAUUGCAAAGGCCAUCUACGACAACAAGCUUCUGGACUGCUACUUUACGCGGUCGUUCUACAAGCAUAUUCUGGGGAAGGCAGUCCAUUACACCGACAUGGAGAGCGAGGAUUACUCCUUCUACCAGGGAAUGGUUUACCUUAUCGAGCACAACGUGGACGAAAGUGGCAUUGGAGAUGACCUGACCUUUAGUAUUGAGAUACGGGAGUUUGGGAAGAUGGAGGUGAAAGACCUGAAAGAGAACGGACGACAGAUUGCGGUGACGGAGUGCAACAAGAGAGAGUACGUCCAGCUGGCCUGCCAGAUGAAGAUGACCGAGUCCAUCAAGGCCCAGAUCAAAAGCUUUCUGGAGGGAUUCUACGAGAUAAUCCCCAAAGAUCUAAUCGCCAUAUUCAACGAACAGGAGCUCGAGUUGCUGAUUUCCGGACUCCCGACAAUUGACAUUGACGACCUCAAGGCAAACACAGAGUACCGCAGCUACCAAGAGACCUCCCUGCAGGUGCAGUGGUUUUGGCGGGCGCUGCGAUCGUUUGACCAGGCAGACCGAGCCAGGUUCCUCCAGUUUGUGACGGGGACGUCGAAGGUCCCACUGCAGGGGUUUGUCGCACUGGAGGGCAUGAACGGAGUUCAGAAGUUUCAGAUUCACCGUGACGAUCGCUCCACCGACCGUCUUCCCUGUGCACACACCUGCUUCAACCAACUCGAUCUACCACAGUAUGAAACAUACGACAAGUUGAAGCAUAUGCUAUUGAUAGCGGUGAGGGAGUGUCCAGAAGGUUUCGGCUUUGCCUGAUGCCCUCCCUCCCCCACCCUCCCUCGCGAUCCUCUAGACAAUUCAGCUGACUUGUACACAUAGACUUGCACACCCGAAUCUCAUCUGUACUAAAGUAAUAAUAUUCCUCCAUUUGUGAUGUAUGAUAAAAUACCAUUGUCACCUGUCAGCUUCUCAUGAUGCGCACUAAUUAAUUAUGCUUGUAUAUGUACAAUUGUACAUUAUUUAUCGUAACACGGCUU